UCUCUCUUUCUCCAUAAGUAGCUGAAGCACAGAAGUCGCCAUCAUGGAUUUUCAGCAUCGUCCUGGAGGUAAAACUGGAAGCGGAGGCGUAGCCUCUGCCUCAGAAAGUAACCGAGACCGCAGGGAGAGGCUCCGGCAGCUGGCUUUGGAGACCAUCGACAUCAACAAGGACCCCUAUUUUAUGAAAAAUCAUUUGGGCUCUUAUGAAUGCAAGCUUUGCCUAACGCUGCACAACAAUGAGGGAAGUUACUUAGCGCAUACACAGGGGAAGAAGCAUCAGACCAAUUUGGCCCGUCGAGCUGCCAAGGAAGCUAAGGAAGCCCCUGCCCAGCCCGCACCAGAAAAAGUCAAAGUGGAAGUAAAGAAAUUUGUGAAAAUUGGACGACCGGGUUAUAAAGUGACCAAACAGAGAGAUCCAGAAACAGGCCAGCAGAGCCUUCUCUUCCAGAUUGAUUAUCCAGAGAUUGCAGAAAGUAUCAUGCCUCGUCAUCGGUUCAUGUCAGCCUAUGAGCAAAGGAUUGAGCCCCCUGAUAGACGCUGGCAAUACCUUUUGAUGGCAGCGGAGCCCUAUGAGACCAUAGCUUUCAAGGUGCCAAGCAGAGAAAUCGACAAAGCGGAAGGAAAGUUUUGGACCCACUGGAACAGGGAAACCAAGCAGUUCUUCCUUCAAUUCCACUUCAAGAUGGAGAAGCCCCCAGCUCCCCCAAACCUCCCUCCAGGGCCCCCAACAGUGAAGCGGCCUCCUCCGCCACCACUGAUGAACGGCUUGCCCCCAAGGCCACCUCUGCCGGACUCCAUGCCGCCGCCGCCUCCAGGAGGCAUGACUCUGCCUCCUAUGCCUCCCUCUGGACCAGUGCCACCACCCCCAGUGCCACCUCAGCUGCCACCAGCACCCGGUGUACCUCCCCCUGCUCCUCUGCCACCCAUGAUGAGACCACCUCUCCCCACAGAGGGGCCAGGCACUAUCCCCCCUCCGCCUCCCUCCAACUGAAACCCCUCCUGAACUCAGUCCCGCUGGACUCCUCUAGCUCUUAUCUUUUUAUAUGCAGAUCACAACUGAUUGAGAGAAAUACUCUGUUUUGUAUGCCUGUGAAUUGACUAGAUCCUGUAGGUUCAUUAAAAGGUUUUCAAUUUUCCUUUC